GAAACUUCAGGUCCAACAGUCAAGAUGGCGGCGACAUUGUUGAGGUCCAUCUCCUGGAUUGGACGUCCUUCAGCUAAAUUGAAGCUGAACACGUUACUGAGCCCUGGCUGUACGAUCCUGCAGAACAGGCAGAAGCAAUGGCAGCCAGAUGUGGAGUGGAUGGAGCAGUAUGCCGGGGCUGUAAUGUACCCCUGUGCUGAAAAUCCGAAGUGGAAGCUUCCCCCAUGGAACGACAAAGAUCCCCGGGGAGUUUGGGAUGUUUCCAACGUAAAGGUGAACUUCGGUCCCCAGCAUCCUGCUGCUCACGGUGUGCUACGUCUGGUGCUCGAGCUCAGCGGAGAGACUGUGAUUAGAUGUGACCCACACAUUGGCCUGCUCCAUCGAGGCACAGAAAAGCUGGUGGAGUACAAAACCUACCUGCAGGCUCUGCCCUACUUCGACCGUCUGGACUAUGUCUCCAUGAUGUGCAAUGAGGAGGCCUACUCUCUGGCUGUGGAGAAGCUGCUCAAUAUCCAGGCUCCGCCUCGUGCCCAGUGGAUCAGAGUUCUGUUUGGAGAGCUGACCCGCAUCAUGAACCACAUCAUGGCCAUCGGCACCCAUGCCCUCGACGUGGGUGCCAUGACUCCAUUUUUCUGGCUGUUUGAGGAGAGGGAGAAGCUGUUCGAGUUUUAUGAGCGAGUGUCUGGAGCCAGAAUGCACGCAGCGUACAUCAGACCAGGAGGUGUCCAUCAGGAUAUGCCCAUCGGCCUCAUGGAUGACAUCUAUGAAUGGGCCAAGAAUUUUUCAACGCGAGUUGAUGAAGUAGAAGAGCUGCUGACCUACAAUCGCAUUUGGAAGAUGCGUACAACAGAUGUGGGGGUCGUCAGCGCUGAAGAUGCCCUCAACUAUGGCUUCAGUGGAGUGAUGCUGCGAGGCUCAGGAAUCAAAUGGGACCUGAGGAAGUCUCAGCCAUAUGACAAAUAUGAUGAGGUGGAGUUUGAUGUUCCAAUUGGAUCCAAAGGAGACUGCUACGACAGGUAUCUGUGUCGAGUGGAGGAGAUGAGGCAGUCCCUGAGAAUCAUCCUCCAGGCCCUCAACAAGAUGCCAGAGGGGGAGAUUAAGGUGGAUGAUGCCAAGGUGGCCCCGCCCAAACGGUCUGAGAUGAAGACGUCCAUGGAGUCAUUGAUUCAUCAUUUCAAACUUUACACAGAGGGCUACCAGGUGCCCCCAGGGGCCACAUACACCGCUAUAGAGGCCCCCAAGGGGGAGUUUGGUAUUUAUUUAGUGUCGGACGGCUCCAGCAGACCCUAUCGUUGCAAAAUCAAAGCUCCUGGAUUCACUCACCUGGCCAGUUUGAACAAAAUGGCCGCAGGACUCAUGUUGGCUGAUUUGGUGGCCAUCCUUGGAACUCAGGACCUCGUGUUUGGUGAAAUUGACCGUUAGCGUCACGGUGCUGAUGAAGAUGUGGACCCUCUUCCUGUUUCAGCACAUGAAUCUGAUUCUGAUCUUGUAUAACGCCUGAGUGAACCUAAUAAAUGUUUUUUCUGUGACAUGAA